UGUGUGUGUGGGGGGGGGGGGGGUGUACAUGCCACUGUGUGUGUUUCAAACAGUGUGUGUCUACUCUUUAAGAGGAGGCUUUCCCCUCAGUCUGACAACAGUCUCACCUGGGACAGCUGGUGACACAGACGUGAUCUCUCUUGGGGAACGUGAACUCUAAGCUACAGACAUGGCUCGUCUGGAACAGGUCAUUACAAACAUUGUGGAUAUAUUUCUGGAGUAUUCUGAUGAUGAAGGCAAGAAACGGCAGUUAAACAAAGAAGAGUUCAAGAAGGUGUUGCAGCAAGAAAUACAAAGCCCUGAGUUAAAAGAUACAAUCAAUGCAGAUGACAUUGAGGAAGCCAUAGAGAUGAUGGAUAAAAACCAUGAUGGCGAGGUCAACUUCCGAGAGUUUUGCCGGUGUGUGUGUGUACUGGCCAAAUGCUACUACCAGAAGAAGACAAGCAAGGGUGGCAAGAGAGGCAGAUGCAAAGUACAAGAAGGUGAACAAGAAGACUGAAGAUUAACUACAAACCCUUAAAAUGUUUGUAGCACUAUAAUGUCUUUAAAAAUAUUUUAUACAUAUGGCAUAUACAUAUGUGACACCGCCGACCCUGAAAACAGACGCAGCUGGUAUUAGACCAUUUGCAUAUCCAUCAAGUCUGCUAUUUGUGUUCUAAACUUGCAUGCAAAAUGUGAUAUUCUUUGUCGGCAUAUCUCUGUAAACUGGUUUUCAAAAAACUUUCCUUUCAAUACUAAUGCAUUGAAAAUAAAUAAAAUCUAUGAAGUUUGA